GAAGUCUCCUGUGCUCCAGGACAACAAGGACACUCAACUGUGACCUCCUCCCUCCUGCUGCCUCCCACGUCCUCCCUGCCCCCCUGUGCCCAGGCUCAGGGCCAUGCCACCCUACAGAAAUGGAAACAUCUCAGGGGUCUCCUGGCAGGCGUUUGUGCUGGUGGGAUUUGAGGGUGGCCCUGAGACCCAGGCCCUGCUCUUUGUGGUGUUCUUGGCCGUGUACGUGGUCACCAUCCUGGGGAACCUCACCAUGAUCGUGGUCAUCACCCUGGAUGCCCACCUCCACUCCCCCAUGUACUUCUUCCUCAAGAACCUGUCCUUCCUGGACCUGUGCUACUCGUCCGUCAUCGCCCCCAACACCCUCGCCAACUUCUUCUCCUCCACCAAGAUCAUGACCUUCGCAGGCUGUGCCACCCAGUUCUUCUUCUUCUCCCUGCUGGUCACCACAGAAGGCUUCCUGCUGGCCGUCAUGGCCUAUGACCGCUUCCUGGCCAUCUGCAGCCCCCUGCGCUACCCCAUCACCAUGCACCCCACGGCCUGCACCCGCCUGGUGCUGGGCUCCUACUGUGGAGGCUGCCUCAACUCCAUCGUGCAGACCAGCCUCACGUUCCACCUCCCAUUCUGCAGCUCCCACCACAUCAACCACUUCUUCUGCGAUGUGCCCCCUCUGCUCCAGCUCGCCUGCACAGACACGUCCCUCAACCAGCUGGUCAUGUUUGGAUUCUGUGGGCUCAUCAUUGUGGGCACCACACUCGUGGUCCUGGUGUCCUAUGGCUACAUCACCGUGACCAUCCUGAGGAUGAGCUCCACAGCUGGGCAAUGGAAGGUCUUCUCCACCUGUGGCUCCCACAUGACAGCGGUAUCUCUCUUUUAUGGGACUGUCUUUGUCAUGUACGCCCAGCCAGGAGCUGUGGAGUCCAUGGAGCAGGGCAAGGUGGUGUCCAUCUUCUACACCCUGGUCAUCCCGAUGCUGAACCCCCUCAUCUACAGCCUGAGGAACAAGGAUGUGAAGGACGCCCUGCGGAGGCUGGGACAGAAGCACACGGCCACCUGA